GUUUACGCUCCUCGUGCAGAACCACGUCAUAUUAAUUCGCAGUUGGAAGAAAAACGUUGGAAAGAGGGAAAGAUGGCACAUCGAAACAACAACACAUUUGUCGUAACCGAACAAAGGGACAGUUCCUGGACAAUAUCACCCGACUGUCUUUAGACUAACAACAUCUCCGACACAGUAAAAACAGUAUUUCCGAAGGGGGGUUUUGUUCUGAAAAGCCCUCCCCCGAAUUUGACUGCACGCAUCUCUCUGGCGUUUACUGCUUGUAAACAGAUCCUCCUCUCUUGACGUCGAUGGGAACCGCGGCUCUGCAUUGAUUGUCUGUAACGUUAGUCCACAAAGGGAGCCAGACAACGAAUGUAGCAGACAGGUGAGCGAGCCAGGUGGAGCGAUGACAAGCCUGGCAACUAACAAUAAAAAUUCGACUCUUAUGCCGUUCGUGGCUGUUUUGUUCUUAUGGAUGUAACGUUAGUCGAGCAAUUUAACGGGCAUAUCUUCAACUUGACGUUUGAUUUCAGAAAAUUCUGCGCAACGUUCAGAGGGUAGCUAAUCAACUCUCCAAUCUUCUAAACAAAGCGAGCCACGUUUUUUGUUGUUGUAUUCUUCUCGGUUAGCUAGUCUUUUUAGCCUCAACGACGAACUGUGAUAAGGGGUACCGGUAUUCGUGUGUGAGCUCUUUAGCUCCGUUUUUACUGGCUGGAUGAGAUGUCAUUCAUGAUGGAGGAUUCUGUAGAGUCGGACUGGGUGGCCGUUCGACCAAAUGUUUUCGACGAAAAGGAAAGACACAAAUUCGUUUUUAUCGUCGCUUGGAACGAGAUUGAGGGAAAGUUCGCCAUAACCUGCCACAAUAGAACAGUACAGAAACGGUCUGCGUUUCGGGAUUCGCUCUUGGAAGACGUCGAAUGCGACCUCGCAUCCCCCGCCACACUAGCGCCCGAGGCAGACAAACGCAAAACUCCACCAAAAAGUCCCACCAAAAGAAAAGAUGACAUCUCCGCAUUGAUUAAAGUUAGAUCUAAUGUCAAACCGAAAGGGAAAAGUCCGACAAAGAGUCCCAUUCGAGAGAAUACAGCCGCGGUAGGUGCCUCAUCAAGGCCAGCCGAGAAAACACUUACGUUAGGGUCGUGGGACAUCGUGCCCUCUAAGAUGACCGACAUCGAGGUCUUGGAACCAGCGGAUGUCUCUGGGUUGCCUCGCUCCUCGGACGAUGGCGACGGAGAGGAGUCGGAUAGCAGCCGAGAGGGCUACAGCUGGGCAGGUCUGUUCGCCUUCCAGGACGUGCGGGCAGCCCACGUCCAGCUCUGCGCUGUCAACUCGGACCUGGAGCCCUGUCUGCCCCCUUUCCCCGAGGAGCAGUCAGGCAUGUGGACGGUGCUAUUUGGGGCCCCUGAGGUAUCUCAACGGGAGACGGACGCUCUGUGUUACCAACUACAGGUGUACCUGGGCCAUGCUCUGGACACCUGCGGCUGGAAGAUUCUUGCCCAGGUGCUAUUUACAGAGAGUGAUGACACAGAAGAGUACUAUGAGAGUUUGAGUGAGCUGAGACAGAAGGGAUAUGAGGAGGCUCUCCAGCGGGCCAAGAAACGGCUCCAAGAGCUGCUGGAGAGGCACCGGGCCAUGGAGAGUAUGGUGGAGCUGCUGCAGGUGUAUCCAGAGGAGGACGAGGCCUACGGAGAGUUACUGGAGGCUACAACACAACUCUACCACUACCUACUGCAGCCCUUCAGAGACAUGAGAGAACUGGCCAUGCUGCGCAAACAGCAGAUCAAGAUCUCCCUGGAGACGGAGCGUCUGGGGCCUCGUCGGGUGGAGGGGCUGAGGAGGGAGGAUGAGGAGUGGACGAGAAAGGCUCACGCGGCCGUCCUCUCCAUACAGGAUCUCACCGUCAAGUUCUUCGAGACCACCGCCAGGGCUCAGAAAGCGGUUUACGAGCGGAUGCGUGUGGACCAGAGGAAGUUUGGCAGAGCCGCAUGGAGAUCUGUCCUGGACGCCGUGUCCAAGGAAACACUGCAGCUGAUGAGGGCCAAGGAGAUCUGCCUGGAGCAGAGGAAACAUGGCCUGAAACAGGAGAUGCAAAACCUGCAGGAGGGAGAGGAUGCCAUGUUGCGGUUGGACCAGAUGGAGGCGCUGUACUAUGAGCUCCAGCUGCAGCUCUAUGACAUCCAGGCUGAGGUGCUACGCUGUGAGGAACUGCUGCUCAAUGCCCAGCUCACCAGUCUACGCAGACAGAUCACUGAGCGCCAGGACGAGGUGGUGUAUUAUGAUGCGUAUGAGAGUCCUGAUGCCAUGCAGGGGGUGGAGGAACCCUCAGCUCCCCCUCCGUCCCUCCGAGAAGAGCUUAGCCAGCUGCAGCAGAGGACCAGACAGCUAGAGGCACGCAGGGGACGCAUCACCACCAAGAAGGUCUACCUUAAAAACAAAAAGGAGAUCUGUAUCGUCAACCACAACCAGAAGAUAGAGCAACGCCAGGGUAGUCAGGACGACCAGACAUCACAUCAAGCGCUGCAACAGCGAGGGGAGGAGCAGGAGGAAGAGGAGGAGGAGAGGAGUAACACCAAAAUGAGUCUGGAUAGAUCAAGAACUCUGGACAGACUACGCAGCUUCAAACAGCGUUUCCCUGGUCAGGUGACUCUGAAGUCCAGCAGACUGCUUAUGUCUCACGGCCAGUCCCGGAAGAAAACCAUCUCCUCCUCCCCCCUCUCCCCUGCGGGGAGGCCUGAGACCCUGGCUGCCAGCGUCCAGACAGACACCGCUGACCUCUCAGAGCUCUCUGCCCCUUCCUCUGAUGCCUGUGGUCACCAGAGUGUCUCUCUAACCCUGCUAGGUGGUGCCACUGGGCCUCUCUCUGCCCCUUCCUCUCUAACUCCUCUCUCAGCGCUCCCGUCCUCUGCACCUCCACCACCUCCUCCUCCCCCACCCCCUCCCUCCUUAGAGGACCUCUCCAGUGAAGGAGGGGAGCGGGCUCACCCCACUAGCCCAGUUCGGCAGUCCAAGGCUGGGUUGGAUUCAGAGCCUCUCCCUCUGGCUCCUUUCUCCCCACGGUUCUUUGACAGCAGUCAGCUGCAGACAGCCAGGAAGAAACUGAAGAAGACCGCCUCGCUGGACUCCUCACAGUGGAGGAGAGCGAGUUCCCCCAUGGACGAGGUCCUGAACUCCCUCAAGCGAGGCAGCUUCCACCUGCGGAAGGCAGAGCUCCGGGUCCUAGCCCCCGAUCCAGACGAUGACGAGAGCAACAACAUCCUGGCCCAGAUCAGGCAGGGCGUUAGGCUGAGGAAGGUGCGGACGCGGCCGGACCAGCAGCAGCACCCCAAGGGCUCGUUCCCCCACUCUGCCGACGCUCUGACCCGCUCCAUCCACGAAGCCCUGAGACGCAUCAAGGAGGCUUCGCCUGAGUCCGAGUCUGAGGACGAGGGCCUGCCCUGCACCGACUGGGACUCUGACCUUUGAUCUCAGCCUGCUACUAUCUACUAUUUCUGGCUCCACACGACAGACCCAGAAAGCGGUGUAGAGAUGUUUCCUGAUGUUUUUUUUUCUUCAGAAAAUAGGUCAGAAGUAACUUUUUCUUACUGUUUCUUCUCGUCUUUGAAAUGGACCACUAGCCUUUCCUCCUGCUUUUCUAUGUUGUGCUCCUCCUGCUCUAUCCCAAGUCAAGCACAUUGAGAUCCUUGUGAUGGAAGUCACAAUGGAAAUGAAAUUCCUUCAUUCGAUUCCUUCAUUGUCCUGUACCAAGUGGGGGAAUACGGGCCCCUUGUCAGUGCACCGACUAGAAAGCGAGGGUUCUGGGAUCCUGUAUGUAGACUGAACUGUGAGGUUGGAGAGUUGAACUGUAGGUUGCUGUGGUGCGUUUGCUUUUACAUGUGACGGGUUUGAGCGUUUUCUUCAACAUUUAUUCAACCCCCUGCAGAAUAAAGUGUGUUAUUGCUUGGCUGGAACAAAAGCUUGCACCCACAUGGGUGAGCUUGGCCACCCCUGGUAUUGGGGUUGAGAAGUCAUGAUGAUGUUCUCUGUAAGAUCGGAGCCCUGACAGCCAGCCGAAGUAUCCAGCUCAGGUGUCAUUCAUUCCAUAUACAUAUUAAUAUUCAUGAAGUGUGUUGUUUCUGUUGACAUUUUUUAAAGUGUGCUUUUACCUUUUACGUCAUUUUUAUUUGGAAAGGAGUUUUUUUUUUACUGCCUUGUUUUUACUGCUAUUAUUUUUCAAGCGAGUCCACUAGUAGCGGUUUUACCAGGAGUCACUUCAUUUUUACUGCUAUUAUUUUUCAAGCGAGUCCACUAGUAGCGGUUUUACCAGGAGUCACUUCAUGUUUUUAUCUACAUUUGACUAUUUUAUCCGUUUUUAUAUCUAAGAGUUGUCAAAACAGAAACGAUUCUUGCACUGUAUGAAGGACACAAUGAAGAAAGAAUGCUGUACUGUUAGGAACUGAAGGACUGAGUGCACAACUGCUGUCCAAGUUGUUUGGCCAGGUCAAAGGUCGUAGUACUGUAUUUUUCCAGCACCAUCUUCAGUGGUCUUGAAAAACAGUCACAUAGAAAUGUAUGGUGCUGAUAUGAUUGUCUGUCAUAUAGAAUAGGGAUCCUGUCAGCUCCAUUCAUCAUAUUUCUGUGUGUUUACCUCACUGAAUCUACCGGUGGUGUGGUAACUAAUCUCAGUGAGUUAGUGGACUGAGCAUAUGGAGCUCAUGCUGUGUCUUUAUGGCAAGUGGUCAAAAUCCAAUCAUGUGACUUUCUGCAGCAUCCAGAUCUCUGGCUGCGUCUCAGUAUGAAGUGGGUUCCUCGUCUCCUCUCCAUCUGCACUGAUCUAUAAAGCGUGGGUAGGUGACAGCAACAUAGUGGAAUUAGCUUUCCACUUUCUUAGUGCAGAUGGAGAGAAGUUUAGGAGUCUAGAGGCAGUCAUUUUAGUUAUGAGAUGCCCUCCUCGUCCUGUCUCAUGUUCUCGGUAGACAGGUUUUUACAGUAUGUAUAUCUGUUGGGAAAUCACUCGUUUUCAUCAUUGUAUUUAUGUAUGUUUUCUUUUAUACAUAUCUUUGUAUAAUCCAAAUGUAUUAUUAGUUUCCAUUUUUAGCCAUCUAAUCUUAUUUCUGUCUUCAGCUAACUCUACAGUUUGACCUAUGACCUUAUGCAUGUGGCUGGCCUGGUCUGAUUUGAAGAUGAAUCUGUCACUAGAUAAGUGCAAUAUUAAACUGAAAAAUGUAUUAUAAUGUAAUCAAGUGUACAUCCUGAAAAUACAUUGGCAUGCUUAAAAACAUAUUUAUUGAGUAACUUUUGUUUUAAGAAAUGGAGUAAGGAUUUAUAAAGCAAUACCACACAAUUUAAUGUGCUUUUUUUUUGCAUUUGACUCGUCUUUUCCCGCCAUCGCAUUCCUAACUGCUUUAUAUAUAUCCCAGUUAUUUUUUUUCCCUUCAAAAUAAAACAAAGUACCAAAAUGUC